CUGCCCCCUAGGCUUCGGAAUUCUACCAGAAGCGCCUCUGAAGCUCAGUGAUCGGUUAGCCGUUGGCGGAGACGUCUUCAACCGUCCAUCGCGCCGGUAAUAGAGUGCAAAUUCAGCGCUUCUAGUGUGAUUUAUCUGUGUCGUUCGUAUCUUGAGCAAGGAGCAAAAAGUUGGCAAAUCCUUCAAAGACGGACCGUUCAAAAGAGGGAAAGAUACAAAAAAUUGGAUAUGGCUUUCAACGGGGAUGGACCCCACUCUAAACGGCAGCGUCUUGAGGAGUCGGGACACAGGAACCACGAAUACGGCGGCUACGGUGACGAACCGAGGAGAAAAAGGGAGGACAACAAACCUAAUCACGUACUACUAUUCACAGUGAUCAAUCCCGUAUACCCCAUCACUGUGGAAGUACUUCACACGAUAAGCGCACCCAGUGGACAAGUACAACGGAUCGUUAUAUUCAAGAAAAAUGGUGUCCAAGCGAUGGUUGAGUUCGACUCGGUUGAUUCAGCGACACGAGCAAAGGAGACGCUUCACGGUGCUGACAUUUAUUCGGGAUGUUGUACGCUCAAAAUCGACUUUGCAAAGCCUACCAAACUCAACGUGUACAAAAACGAUGCGGAAAGUUGGGAUUACACGACGCCCACGUUAGGCACCAGUGCCCACAAGAACGACACCGCAGGUAAUGGAAGGCCUGCGCCUCUCCUCGCUGAACCGAGAUAUGGUGCAGCUCCACAGCCGUAUGAUUUUGUUCUAGGAUCAACGCCGCAGGUCGCUUUCCCUCCGGGUGCGGCCCACGAUCGGUACGAAGAGGGUUUCAACGGACCCGCGACGUACCCCGAACCCUACGUCGAAAGAUACGGGCUCAAGAACGAAUUCGGAGGUCGAGAACCACUCCAUCCCACGCCAUCUCGUCCAGGGUACGUUCCCACUUUGGGACAGACACCACCUUCCACUACUCAGGGAUCCGUUAUGAUGGUUUACGGACUACAACCGGAUAAAGUCAACACGGACAAGCUGUUCAAUUUGUUCUGCCUCUACGGGAACGUGACCAAGGUGAAAUUUCUCAAGACUAAAGAAGGCUGCGCCAUGAUCCAGAUGGGCGACAGCAUAGCCGUUGACAGGUGUCUGCAAAAUUUGAAUAACGUCACAAUAGGUGCUGAGGGUAAACUUCAGCUUGGAUUUUCGAAACAAGCUUUUCUGUCGGAUGUUACAAACCCGUACAGUUUGCCGGAUAAAUCUGCGAGCUUCAAGGAUUUUACGGGGAGCAAGAACAACAGAUUUUUAAAUCCAGCGAUGGCUAAUAAAAAUAGAAUACAACCACCGUCUAAAAUAGUCCACUUCUUCAACACACCUCCAGAUCUAACGGAAGAAACUGUUAAUCGUGUUUUCAUGGAGCGUGGUAUAGAAACACCGACUACGGUGAAACUAUUUCCAUUAAAAUCCGAACGUUCCUCGUCCGGUCUAAUCGAAUUUAGUAGCGUCGGCGUUGCGGUAGCUGCGAUUAUGGAGUGCAAUCACACAGCCCUAGAAAACAGCAACGGAAAGUUCCCGUACAUAAUGAAGCUAUGUUUCUCGUCUUCUCGUACAAUUCCGACAAACUUUCCCCCGAGUAGCGGUGGAGUAGCGAGCAAUUCGUCUGGAAAUGGGCACCUCAAAAUGCAGCAGGAUUCCGAAUAGAACGGAAUAAACCAGGGCCAGCGUCAGCGCCAGCGCCAGCGCCCCUCUAUCGCCCUGCAUCCUCUAUGCGCCGCUCCAAUACCGGCUCUGCAUCCCGCAACUAUGGCUAUUUCACCUGUUCCCACCCCUUUACCACCCCCGUGUCUUCUUAUCGCUGCGCCAGCCCUGUACCCCGCCGUACCUCCUCCGCCUCCACCACUUCCUACGUAUUGGCCGUAUUGAAACUGAUUUUUAACACCAAUUCAAAUUGCGAUAAACUUGGGAAGCGGGUUUGGAAGUAUGUCGUUCUUUUAACUUCGAUGAAAAGUUGACGAGUGCAGAAUAGAGUUGUUCUGUAUAGUUUUUAAUUCAUAGAUUGAAAGCUGAAUAAAGAAAUUAAGUGAUUGAAUAACGAGGCGAACAUUUAGGUACAUAGAUCUUAAAAUCGGAUGUGCAUGUUGAUCAUUGAAAUUCGACUUCUCGUAGAGCUGGUAAUUUAUUGCGAUGUAACACAUAUCUUAAUGUAUUUAGGAAAAUAGUGAUUGCGAAUAAUAUUGCUACCACGUGCUUAUUAUAUCUAAGAUGAGAAUAUCAUUUAGGAAAAUUCGAAUUAGUGAAAAAUUUUUUUUUAAAUUAAAAAAAAAUAAAUAAGUAAAAACAAAACAUUAGGCAAAUUUUGAGAAUAACAUAUCAUCUUAACGAUAUGUAUUUUAUCUUAUCUCAUCUGCAACUGGUGUUUAGAAGAAAAAAAUAAUCAUAUCUACAUGGACAUAAAUAUAUAUACAUAUAUUUAAUUAUGGUCAAGUAAACACGCUUCCCUCGUUUACACCGUAAUAAUGAAAAAGAGAAAAAAAAUCAAAUCAUGUCUUAUACAUAGCGGUGUGGGAUUUAGGAAUCGACAUAAUGUGGAUUAAUAUGACUAAUUUCAACAUCCGACCAAUCGAAUAUUAUUUCCACAAGAGAAUAAUAAUAAAUAAUUCAGUAAUAAAGUGCGCUCGCAUCAUAACGGUGGGACCUGAACAAAAUAACAAAAAAAAAAAAAAGUAAUAAUGUUAAAAUAUAUCCGUCGAUUGAAGGGAUUGAAUUGGAAAAAAUUAGGGUUCGCAGCGUGUUUUUUUUUCUUUUCUUUCCUUUUCAUAUAAUCUAAACGCAUCUUGGAAUUCUUAUUUUACGUAGCCUGAAUAAUAAUAAUCAAAUGAAAAACAAAUAAGAUAACGUACGGUAUUGAUUUAGAUAUGAAGGAAAUCAAAUAAACAAUUGACGGGUGAUUAUUGUGAUGUUUGAAUUGUCAAAUCGUGGAAGUUGGGAAACAAGACUGCUGUUUAUUAGAAAUUGUCAUGUUUACCAGAAACUCACAUGUUCCUGAAGUAAUAAAAGAAGCAUCCUAAAAGGUUUAAUAUUUUCAAGGUCUACGACUCCAAUUGGCGUAUCCUUCGAAAGUUAUAAAAGAGACAGAAUGAGUAAAAUAUUUGAAAUAAUAAAUUGAUCCUGAUACAUCAAUUGCAUCAAAGGGCAAACUUUAUCAAUUGAAUUUCAUACAAUAUUAUCGAGAUCUACGUAUACACGUAUCGCAUAAUUAUCUAUUUAAUUGAUAUGUACACGUGUGCGUGUAGAAAAGUAUAUAAGGAAACAAUGAAAAAGAAAAAAAAAUCGAAACAAAAUACACAAGUGAAUGACACAAUACACUAGUGUCCCCCAGUAAUAUUUUGUCAGGCUGAGGGACGUUUUUAUAAUAAUAAUAAUAAUAAUAAUAAUAAUAAUAAUAAUAAUAAUAAUAAUAAUAAUAAUAAUAAUUCAAAAACAACAACAACAAUAAGAAUAAGAACAAUAAAUGUGGAGAAAUCAAUAAGAAGCAAGAAAAUAAUAAAAAUAAUAUAUAUAAUAUUACGUAUAUAUAUAUAUACACACACACUCAUAAAUAUCACGUGCGGCAAAGAGCCACAAGGGUUUCGAAGAAUUUUCAAAGCGAACCAAAUGACUAAUAAUUGAUAUAAACAUAGACUUGAGACUCGGCCAUACGUAAAUUAUAAGGGGAAAAAGGGAUAUAACAUCCUUUCAAUAAGAUACGAGUAUUAUCCGUAAUUUUUGUCCAUUUAAUCGAGAGUGAACUAAGUAAAGUGAAGUAUAAUUUAAUUGAUUAAGUAAGAAAGUAAACGAAAUUUUUAAAAAUGAAAGGAUAAAUAUGAAACCAGGAGUUUAUAUUCGAGGCAAUAUUUGUAACAGUACAACUAUAGAGACUAAGUUGUACGUCAUUUUUUUUAAGGAUACCGAACCAAGUGAGGUAAGGAUCCGACAGUGACUGCUUAAAGCAAUCAUACGUGACACGUGUAAAUUAUACAUUCAUAUAUAAUUAUAUAUUAAUCCAUAGACGACGAUUCGAUAAGAGGCUUAUCUGUAUUAUCAUCAUCAUCAUCAUCAUCAUUAUCAUCAUCAUCAUUAUUAUUAUUAUUACUACUAUUAUUAAUGCAUUAUUAUUACUAUUUUUUUUUUGUAUUUCUGUUUCCGAUCACGCGAUGACAUAUUCUAUAUAUCGUUACAUAAAAAAUGUUUUUUUUGUGGAAAUGAGACCGUCCGGUACGAAAUUCCAUUCAAUUUUGACGGAACGAUAUAAAAUGAAUUCGGAGGAUAAUGUGUGGUUACUCCGGCCUAACAAUUACUUGACAAGAUUGUUUCGAUUCCUGUUAAUUAAUAUUAUUAUCAUAAUCAUCAUUAUUAUCCUUAUUAUUAAUAUAUCGUUAUCAUUAAUACCCGAUAGCCAGGUAGUAGGGCCGAUUAUGUAGUUUUCAUUGUUUUCCCAGUUAAAAAUUCUAUCUAAACUAUGCAUACAUAUAUAAGUGUAGAUAAUAUACUAUUUUAAUUCUUUUCAUAUCUCCUGACCUCUGAGGAGAUCGUUUCUUUCUUUGUUUAUUAAUACGAAGUCUACGUGUUAAUUAUUAUUUUCGUUAUUGAUAUCGUCAUCGAUUCUUAGGACCCAUUCUUUACCUUAUUACAAUCAUGUAACUCAACAAUCUUGGUCAUAACGUGAUUCGAAAUAUUAAGUUUUUACGAAAAGACAUAUGAUAAUAAUGUAAUUUGAUUAUGGUUGAAUAAUAGUACGUUAAACUUUUGAGUUUUACGUUUAGUGAUCAUCGGAUUUUAAGACCAAACUUAGUUUAAAAGUAAAACAAAAAAAAAAAAAAAAAAAAAAAAACGAAAGAUGAAGUGACGAAAAUACAAUUUUAAUAAGCCCAAGUUGCAUAUCAUUAUAAUAUGAAGAAAAAAACGGUUAGGUUUUCAUUAUUUUAAUUUUUCCCCCUCAACUUAUUUUUCCGUUUGUAGAUAUAUGUACGUGGGUAUGCGAUGCAUGAAUAAAACUAGGAAAUUGAAAAGAAAAGAUUUGGCGAAAUGAAACUAAAUAGAAAAAAACAAAUAUACAAAUACACGUACACCUACACGGUCUUUCGUGUCACUACAUCUCACAACGAACACAUUAUUAUAAGAAUUGAUUAACACACUGUUAAUAUACGGGGUAUUCAUACCAAUUGAUUAUAUUUCAAAGUCGUAUUUCGUUUUGGAUAAAAAACCAGGGGAUCGACUUGCGUUGUUCGUGUGCAUGAGCUGUUCUAUAAAAUAAUAAUAGUAAUAAUGGAUAUACAAGUAUAUUUUUCAAUUACAUGAAUCCAAUCGAUGAAAGAAAAUACCAAUGAAUCGGAUAUGAGUACCAUGUAUAAUAAAUUCACACAUGUACAACAAAUUCGAGGUUGUAAGAUAUGAAGGGAAGACAAAAAGGGAAAAAAACCAGACGAAAACAAUAGCAAAAAAAAAACCUAAUCUGUGUCGAUAAGUAAUUAUAUAUAUAUAAUUGUUUUCUUAUAUAUAUAAGAAAAAAAAUCUUGGUUUCACUCUCAACAACACAUAUCCCAUCUAUAUGUAUAUAUUUGCAAAAUAGAGAACGCAUGAUAAUACAAUUUAUUAAUUGAUAAUUUAAUUGUAAUCAUUAUUAUUUUUCAAUAUUAUUAUAAUUAUUUAUAGUUCCAAUUUUCUAAAAGUUGGGAUAUGAUAUAGAUAUAUGAAUAUAUAUAAAUAUACACAAAUAUAGUUACAACAAUUAUGAUAAGUAAUGAAUAUAUCAAAUGGAUUAGUUAGGGUAGAUAGAUCGUAGUUACAUAUCGUUAAUAUUAUUAUCAUUAUUAUUGAUGAAAUAAUAUUAAUAAUAAUAAUUAGUAUUGAUAUUAUUAAUAUUAUUAUCAUCAUAAUUAUUAAGUAUUGCAUAGAAAUGUUACGGCGGAUGCGUUUUGGUUCGUUUGAUAUAAAAAUGUGUAUAGAAUUAUUUAUCAUUAUAGUACAAUAAAUAUUGUAUAUAAUGAUUGAUAUCUAAAGUCGAAUUAACGAUAAUAAUUAUAGUAAUAAUGACGGAAACAACAUUAACAACAAUAAUGACGGUGAAAGCAAUAAGAGAAGAAGAAAAUGAUUACAAUAAACGUGAGCAGAACAAUAAGCAUAAAAGUGGGGUUUUUUUGUUUUUUUUCCCCUUCUUCUUAAUGUAAUACAAAAUAACACAAAGGAAGAAAAAAAACGAAUCGUAGAAGCUCGUGGAUUUGGCUUGCAUGAGUAUUAUAAUUUAUAAUCUGAUCAACAAUUUCUUUAAAAUGAUCGAUGAAGAUGAUAUAAUUUAUAGAAUAUUUUGUUAAUCGCUGUGGUAGCUAGUGUUCCGAAACCAAAAAUUGGUAAUUUUUUUGUUUUUUUUGUCACGUGAUGCUUGGUUUUUAGAAAUUUAAAUAACAACAUAUCUAUGCUUAGAUAUGAAAAAUUCUUCAAUUAGGUAUUAUUAAUUAUAUUAAAAUAAAUGGAGGAAGGGGAAAGGAAGAAAACUCUUAUAUUUGACUUUGGAAAUUCGAAUGGCAGUGUGAUGAUUAUAUAAUUGUUGAGGAAAAUUAGAGAAUGCAUGGCAAUAGUAAUACUAUUGUAUGACGAAGAAGAGAAGACAACAAGCCAAGACGCAGCAGCCUUUAGCAAAUUAUCCCAAGUAUUACCACUGACAUAAAUCCUUUGUCUGCUUCACAUAUCAGGUCCGUAGGUAUUCCACGCACCACACCGUGUCCAUAUCAAUGUUCAUAGCGUUUCCUUCCCGAUAUUUAAAAUACUAUUAGUGUAAUAUGUGGUAUAUUUUAUUCGUUAUUUCGAAAAAAGUAAGAAAAAAAAAACCAAAACAAAACAAUAUCCUAGAUAAUAUACUUAUACUAUACCCAUACAAUUACAGUAAUAACAGUAUCUAGUGAAUAGUGUAAUAUCCAAUACCUGUAAAUUAAGUCUAGUAUACCUAUACCAGUGUGGUCUCAUCCUAAUAUUCUAUCCAUCUCCGAACUCCUUCCCAAAUAUUUUUAAUUUUUGUUCCACUUUUUUUUUUUCCACAUUCUGUAUAUGUUGAUCCAGAUUUUAGUGUGGUCGGAAAUGUAAUUGGUAUGAGUGGUGGAAAGAACAAAAAUUAACAAUACUAAUGAUGAUAACAACAACAGUUAUAAUUAUCAUUGCUAUUAUUGUUAAUCUUAUUACGAUUGCUAUUAUUAAUUUUACCAUAGAUAUAUCUAUGAUUUUACUAUCAUCAUCACCAUUGUUAUUAUUAUUGUUAUCAUUAGUAAAAUAGAGGGUCUCUAUGCUCCGUCUUCCCAUCGCUGCGUCAAAAGACAACUUACAAUUAGAUGUACUAAGAUUUGUUGAUUGUAUACGUUACAUACUACAUGUAUAUAUAUACAAAAAGAUGACAAAAAAUGAAAUCAUAGUGGCUGUAAUUUCGGAGGAUUAAAACUUAAAUACCGUAUUAGUAAAGUAAUUUCAAUUCUAGAAAUGAAAAAAAAAGUAUAUACAUAAAUAUGAAAUACCUAGUUUUAGGGUAAGUUGAAAUCUUAACAUGAGUGAUUCAAAGUAAAAGAGAAGAAAAAGAAUAGACAAAACUCUGUUGUCGAUAGUUUGAAAACAAUUUUCCAGUUAUUGUACUUUAUAAUUUUCUGUUCAUUUCCUAUUAAUAAUACUACUACUAUUAUUAUUAUUUUUGUUGUUCUUAUUAUUGUCAUCAUUAUCUCAAUUUCAUUAUUAUUAUCCAUAUAGUCUCGGCUCUCUAUUAGUUAAUCUUGCAAUGAUAUUAUGAAAUGAUGAAUUGAUUUUAAUGAUAAUUAUGGUAGUUCCCCAAAAAUAAUUGAGAAAAAGAAGUUUAUUCGCAUUCAUUCCUUGUGAUGAUGACAGAAAUAAUGAAAAUAACUUUGAACGGUAAUUUGAAAUAUUUUAAUCUCUGAAAUAUCACGGCGUGUAUGAGAAACUAAUUAUAUCUAUAUAAUGUAUAUUAUAUAGGUAUGUAUAUGCGAUAUAAAUAACUAUUAACACACCGACACGAAACAUAAAACACAAUUUUACUAGAAAUGAAAGGAAAUAGAAAAUAAAUACAUUACAUAUACAAACAAAUAAUAAUAUGUAUAUUAUACUUAUGUGUCGUAUGCUCUAAUGUCGUUUGAAGAGUUAUUUGCGAGUCAAUUAUCUGUGCCUAGCAGCCCUGCGCACCCAACUACCAAAAUGUACUAACACUCACUAAGAGAGAGAAAAAAAAAAAUGGUUAACGAAAAAACCUAAUGACUAAAUGAAAAAGAUUCAAUAAAAAAGAAAAAAAAAAAUUACGGUGAGUGUGUCGAAAAAACUAAUCAUCCUUAUAUCAACGAAUUAGAACUGUGCGAAAUGAAUAAAAAGAAUAAUUUUGUGAUUAUUAUUAUUAUAA